CCUCCUCCCCCCUCCCCCCCCCCCUCUCACUACAUUCACCAACCUUACAUUGACCAUCUAGCGGUUGCUUGUCUCGUGCCUCGCCCUUGCCCCGUCCCCGUCUGUUUGUCUGUCUGUUCCCUCUUUUGGGAGAAGGUGUGACCAGGAACCAACCCAAUCAGGAGCAGUCGCUCUCGAUCAAGAGCACACCACGAACAGCCGCUAUCCCUGCUACUGGUGCGGUUGCUAACCAAUUUUCAUAUACUGCUGCACUCGCUAGUUGGAAUGUCGAUGGCAGAAGCUGGGGCCCUGGUUGCUGAGCCUGCUGUGGCGGUAGAACGUGCCAGGACAAAGUCCGGGAGCUCAUCAGCCGACGAUGACAUGGACCUCAACGUCUUGGUGCGGAGCCAAGAGCCGGAGCCGGUCCCUUCACGGGAGCUGGCAAGAGGCAACGUCUCGUCAGAACGAACUGGGCCUGGUGGCGCAGCCUCGCCUGUUGCGAGCAUGUCGGACGAUGAGCUUGCGCCCUCACCUGGCGUCGCGUCGCCACCGCUCUCGGAAGAGGCGCUGUUCUCAAACGCGGCCACGCCCACACCCUCAGAGCCAGGCGACUUGGACGAGAAUGACAACCUUCGUACUGAUGCUGCGGGCUUGACUGUCACGCGUCGUCGCUCUGGAACCGAUUCCUUGGCUGUUGCCGUGUCUGUCGUGUGCUCUGACGCCCUCGCAGGCCCCCCACCGCUGGAGUCCUCACCCUGUCGAUGCCUUCUGACACGGCCGACGUGUACCUGUGGGCUCUCAUCGAGCACAGCCACUCUAUCCAGAUUCGGCAACUCUUCGGCCACCAUGGGCUCAUCGAUUGACACCGUGUUUGUAGCCUCGGGUGCGCUCGACACGCUCGAUGCCGAUUCGAACGGGCCAUCACCAUCUUGUAGGAGCUCAAGUAGCGACGCAUUUUCAUCGUCGUCACGGACUGCAUCGCCAACAUGCGGGCGUUCAUCUGCCUCGUCGACGCGGAUUGUGAGCUCGACCGAGUCGGACUCGGGCUCGUUCACUGCCUCGUCCGGAAGCUUUGCUGCUUCUGAUGACGACCGCCCGCCUGCCCACACCAUCCUUGCCGCCUCGGGCCUGCCGCUCGGGUUUGAGGCCAAGUUUAUGGAGCGGACCACCGGAAUUCCGCUCUUCACCCUCGACGACUUGCUCAAGACCGGUGAUGGACCCACGCCGUCCAAGCUCGCCUGGCGUGACCUUAUCUCGCACCUGCUGCACUGGGGUCGGCUUGACCCCGCUGCGGCGCUCUUUCUCCUCACUUCGGCGCGCGCCGUCCUCGCCGAUCUGCCCAACAUCAUCCAAGUCUCCGGCCCCACUGUGGUGGUCGGCGACGUGCACGGACAGCUAUUUGACUUGCUCCUUGCCUUUGCGCUGGGCGGGCCGGUGACCAAGACCUCAUACCUGUUCCUGGGCGACUACGUUGACCGUGGCGCCUUUUCUUCCGAAGUUUUGUUUAUUCUCUGCGCCUUUGUCAUCGAGUUUCCGCAAACCUUCCACCUUCUUCGAGGCAACCAUGAGUGCCGGUUCAUUUCGUCGACCCAUGGCUUUCUCCACGAGCUCGAGUUCAAGUACUCUGACGCGAGCCGCGAGAUCUUUGAUGCCGCCAACAACAUGUUUGAUGCGCUCCCGCUUGCCGCCGUUUACACCUCACCCCACAAAGAGCGGCUGUUCUGCUGCCAUGGUGGCAUUUCGCCGGUCCUCAUGACCCUCGACGACCUGGCCAACGUCGACCGCUUUGCGGAAGUGCCGCAAUCGGGCCUUGUGACCGACUUGUUGUGGGCCGACCCCAUGGAACGCGCCUCACUCUCGCCUAGCACCCGCACGCAGUGGAAGUCGCGCGAGUGGGAUCCAAACUGCGAUCGCGGCGUCUCGUACAAGUACGGGCCGACGGCCUUGGUCGACUUUCUCAACCUCAACAAUUUCGUCGGCAUCAUUCGCGCCCAUCAAGUUCAGGCCAAUGGCUUCUCCGACCACGCUGACUUUUCCGACGUCAACCGCCUCGCCAACAUCGACUCGGGCUGGCCGCUCAUCAUGACUGUCUUCUCUGCGCCCAACUACUGCGCCAUGUAUCAGAACCGUGCUGCCGUCCUCCGUCUCCUCUCCGAGCCCGAUGCGUCCGGCAAGCUCUGGUCUGCCACUUGCUUUGACUCGCAGUCUCUGCCACACCUGGACCACGCUGCGUGCUGCUCCGGCCAUGGCCUCAAUCCCAACUCUUCGACCAAGUGCUCCCUCAUCGCCGACACCUACUCGCCUCUUCACGGUUCGACAUCCCCGCCGCCAUCCGACGAGGUCAACCUGCGUGUCAACGUCAAUUCUGACGUUGUUCGCUCGACUGAGACCAACUCAUUGAGCACACCGGCCUUUACGCCAAAUUCGCAGCUACUCUCGGCCCUUGUGUCGGACCCUGUCGGUGUUUUCCUCCCGUCGGGUGACUCGCCGCCUGCCGAGUCGGCCAACUCGCGAGCCAAAGACAUGAUCACCGAGGCUGCCGUGGUUGACGCCAUCACACCGUCGCCUGAAGACGAGGAGGCCAUCAAGGGUGUCCGCAUGCUAGACGGUCUCUCGGAACAGUCGUCGCUCGACUCGUCGUUCCAGCUAUCACUCCAUUUCGUACCCAUGUUUGACUUUUCCGGACAGCUCGCUGCCGCUCGUGUUUACCGGGCCGACAAGGACCGUGGCAAGCGCAAGCGCAAGCGAACCAAGCGCCGCCGUCGUGCCACUGAUGGCGAUGUAACCUCACUUGUCGGACCAGUAUCCAAGCUAGAAACGGUUGCUUCCCUCUCCAGCUCGCUCGAAUCCUCGCUCGUCGUCGUCAACGGCGCCCAGACGUCAUCAUGCAUCCCAUCUCUGACCUUUCCAGUCUCCUCAGCCUCAACCUCAACCUCAACCUCAACCGCGACGUCGCCGUCGGCCUCGUCGACGACCACCUCCUCCUCCUCGUCGUCGUCGACCCCGUCGUCGUCGAGAACUGUGACUGGAGGUCGGUCUUCAACGGGCCGUGAACGCCCGCCAUUGUCGCCGGCUGCGGAUGUUCGCGACACGCCGGCCUCAUCGGACCAGCCCCACUCGGAUACCUUGUGAAGCGCACGGCCCAGCCUUUGGCGCAUUCUCCACAGAGUGGUCAGCUUUGCGGCCACAAGUGUGUGCAACGUCUCUGGCAAAGGUCCCACUCUACGCAGCGCACGGCACGCGCAUAGUGGCGGCCGCAGGGGUUACUGCAAGACUUGGUACUGUGCUGUGUUGUUCACUUUGAUGCGCGCGCGACAAUGUGCCAAAUCGACCGCACAUUGGAGACUGUGGAGGGCUACAUCACAAUGCAGUUCUUCUUUCCGCUCCGUACCGGCCUCCGCGUCCCAUCGUUGGCAAUCCGCAUGCGAACUCGCUCCCGCCGACGCCACUGCCAGUCGUCAGGCACCGCGCCGGUCUCCUUGGCUUCGGCGACCUGGCCCUCCCAUGCAUCCAGCUCGUCGAGGUAGUCUGCAGGCGGCCAUUGGUGGGACCGGACCCACGCCAAGUUGUCCGGGCCAAGAGCGCCCGGCGUGAUGUGCGGUGCGAGCGGAACAACGUUCGAUGCCAGAAAGUGGAGGAGAAAGGCCGCAAGCUGGCUCGCACCCUGGGCUUGCGACGCGUGCAACAGAGCCACGACGUCGAUGCCCGACUGGCCGACAGACGCUGUCGUCGCCCGCUCGAGGAUCUUGGACCCGUACAGCUCAGUAAACUGCAAGAGCCGGAACAA